GCCCUGCAGAUGCGGAGGGCGAGGCGGCGGCGGCGUGUUAUAAAACCGGCCCCUUUGGCCGGGGGCCGCUCCUGACGGAGCGCCGAGAACCGUGCGGUGCUAUCCCCCGCGGAGGCUGCCGGAGGGGGGAGCGCGCCGCUUUCUCCGUCCCCGAGCGCAGGGGCUCUCCGGAGCUCGGGCGGUUUGCUCGACGCCGCGCCGCGCCGCUCCCUUGGCGUCCCCGGCGCCCCUGCUGGCUGCGGGCGGCGCUGCCCCGCCCCAGCUGCACCCCCCGCGCGCUGGGGAGGGAAGCGCGAGGGGCUCGCGGCCACAGCAGCCGGGAUUAGCCGCAGCCGGAGGCCCCCGCAGUCCAGCUUUCCGCGGGGCGGGGCGGGGCGGGGCGGCGCUGCGAGUGGCUGCGCGGCCCGGCAUCCCUCCUCACGCCGCCGCCGACCCCCCCCCAUACCCUUUUUUUUUUUUUGCUCCCUCCAAACAUGGAUUUGUUCCUCCUGAGCUUACUCGCGGUGGCCUGGCUUCACCUGGAGGCUGCGGCGGAGUUUGACGGCAGGUGGCCCAGACAAAUAGUCUCCUCUAUGGGAUUGUGUCGGUUUGGAAGUAGAAUUGAUUGCUGCUGGGGCUGGGCCCAUCAGUCAUGGGGGCAAUGCCAACCUUUCUACGUCUUAAGGCAGAGAAUAGCCAGAAUAAGGUGCCAACCCAAAGCUAUAUGUCAGCCUAGAUGCAAACAUGGUGAAUGUAUUGGACCAAACAAAUGCAAAUGUCUCCCAGGAUAUACCGGAAAAACCUGCAACCAAGCUGAGCACCUGUAUACAAGCCCAACUGUUCGGCACAGUGAACCACCUCUAUUUCACUCCCUGGAUCAUCAUGCAACAAAUGUGCCUUCAAGGGAUCUAAAUGAGUGUGGAUUAAAGCCUCGGCCAUGCAAACAUCGAUGCAUGAAUACCUAUGGUAGCUACAAAUGCUAUUGUCUGAAUGGAUACAUGCUUAUGCCAGAUGGAUCAUGUUCCAAUGCUCUUUCUUGUUCAAUGGCAAACUGUCAGUAUGGCUGUGAUGUCGUGAAAGGAGAGGUACGCUGCCACUGUCCUUCUCCAGGCUUGCAGCUAGGGCCUGAUGGUAGAACCUGCAUAGAUGUUGAUGAAUGUGCUACUGGGAGAAUUGUCUGUCCCAGAUUUAGGAAAUGUGUUAAUACUUUUGGAAGCUACAUCUGCAAGUGUCAUAAAGGCUUCGAUCUGAUGUACAUUGGAGGCAAAUACCAAUGCUACGAUGUAGAUGAAUGCUCAAUUGGCCAGUAUCAGUGUGGCAGCUUUUCACGAUGUUACAAUACACAGGGAACCUACAAGUGUAAAUGUAAAGAAGGAUACAGAGGCGAUGGAAUAAACUGCCUACCUAUUCCUAAAGUUAUGAUUGAACCAUCUCGUCCAUAUAAUAUAUUCAAGGGCAAUACUACGCUUCCGAAGGGCAGCAGUGGUAUGACCAAUAAGAUUCCUGACAUCAGAGGUACAAGACAGCCCCUGAGACCACCAUAUAUACCAGCUAUUAUUACAGCAAGGCCUGCACCCAAGGCAACAGUACGACCUACACCAAAACCAACAAUAUGGCCUACACCCAAGCCAACUACUAGGUUUGUACCAAAGCCGAUGACAACAAGACCACCACUGAAGCCAGCAACAAGGCCUCCAACACCUCCACAACCUACAACAUCAAAACCUGCACCUACAGCAAGAACCCCACAGUUAACAACUAAAGACUCUUCUCUUGUUCCCACUGAAACUACCUCUCCCCAAGGAAUUACAGUUGACAACAGAAUACAAAUAGAACCUCAGAAACCACGAGGGGACGUGUUUAUACCACGACAGCCUGGAGUGAGCAAUAAUCUGUUUGAAAUAUUUGAAAUUGAAAGAGGGAUUAGUGCAGAUGAGGAUGAAGCAAACGAUGAUCCAGGUAUCCUGGUGCACAGCUGUAACUUUGAUAGUGGUCUGUGUGGAUGGAUCAAAGAUAAAGAUGAUGAUUUGCACUGGGAACCACUUAGAGAUCCAUCAGGUGGACAGUAUGUGACUAUCUCUGAACCCAAAGGCAAAGAGGGAAAAGUAGCACGUUUGGUCUUGCCACUUGGCCAUUUAGCACAUUCAGGGGACUUGUGUCUGUCCUUUAAGCAUAAGCUAUCUGGACUACACUCUGGUCUACUCCAAGUGUUUUUAAGAAAAAAUGGUGCUCAUGGACCAGCGGUCUGGGGAAGAAAUGGUGGCCACGGCUGGAGACAAACGCAAAUAACUUUGCAAGACUCAGGCAUCAAAAGUGUUAUUUUCAAAGGUGAAAAAGGGAAAGGCAGAACUGGGGACAUUGGAUUAGAUGAUGUGAGCUUGAGGAAAGGCCGCUGCUCUGAAGAACAUUAGCAAUAUCACUAGCCUGGCAAAGAACAUAUACAAUUUCUCUUUCCCUUUAAUCCUAUUCCCAUCAAGUUAAAAGAAAACUGUGGGCCAAAGUGGAAAAUAUGGACAGUGAUCACCUAGUUAGCCUGCUUUGUGCAAAUCCCAGUGGAAGCUCCACUUAAAAUAAUGCAAAUUGUCUGUAAGGAUGCAAACCUCAAGCCAAUAUUGGGUGUUUUUACCAUUAUUCCUUGUCCACAUACUUGUGUGUGAUAAAGGUAUAUUGUACCAUGCCUGAAAGAUGCUCCUAUUAAAUGGGCGGGAGAGCCAAGCGUGGCUAAAUGUCAUCAGAAGAGAUCUCCAACUCUCAGUGGUAAUAACUCUUGUUCUGUGUUUUGCCAUACUACUACUAUUACACUGAUGAUAAUGAUAUGCUGUGCGAUUUGUUUGACUUCAUAAUUUGAAGUCAACUGAGGCCUGGACCUGAACUUUAGCUAUUUUACUGCCAUUGACUUUUAAGGAAGGGUGGGUUACGUAUCAAAUAGCAUUUACUCUGCGGUAUCUAUAUUAACAAAAGGCCGUUAUGUAGAGUAGACACUGCAUCCUUUAAUAUUGCUAGUACUGUGUUGUGUAAAUGUGUGUGGUUACUAAUGUAUUUAUGUUUCUUAUAUUUACGGAGUUCAGCUGCAAGGUAAAUGGCAGCUGUGUUUUCAAGCUAAAAUACAGUAUGUGAGCUCUGUGUAUUCUUUGACCCUCUGCUGGUGAGCACUGAUAAAUCAGCAGUGUCCUGACGUUUUCUAUCUUUUGGCCCUAAAUACUAGUGUGAUUUUUUUUACAUGAGGUUAUGACUGAAAACAAAGGGCCAGAUCCUCAGCUGGUGUACUCUGGUGUGUAAUUCAAUGGAUUGUCAUAGUACUAAACUAGUUUACACCAGCUGAUGAGCAAGACGCUGCCUAUUGUUAACUCCCAUUGAUCUCUCUGGGAGUGUAGGAUGCUGAGCACCUCCAAGGAGGUGCUUUUACAAUCUGCAGCAUUGAGUUUGUUGAAGUCAGCGGCAGUUUUGCUAUUGACAAUUAAUAGGAUAGGCCACAAUCUGUGCCGAUAGUAAAUUGUUACUAUCUAAGCAGCACAAGUGAGUCAGUUGCUCUAAUGCAUUGAAAUAUAACUGGCCACUGAAUCUUGCAUCUGUACAAGGUCCUUGCCAGACUGCUCAGAAAACUGCAACAGAACGUUUAGAGCUAAAAUGUUAGUUCUAGAUGGAAUUAAUAUUUAUCAGAAUAUUGGGCUUUUUCUUUUAGUCAUCCAUUUUGGGUGUGAUAAAUGUACAACUCUGUGGAGAAAUGUUGAAUUUCUCUACUUGGCUUGUCUAGCCUUUUUUAAAUGAAAAAACUUUAUCAGCAUUGAAAAUCAAUUUUAAAUUUGACAAACUUAUCUUUAAGAAAGUUAGAAGCAAAGUUAGAUUGUUGUUCUAGGGAGACAACCUUAAUAUUUCAAAAAGGUACAGCCAGAAGACAAAAGGCCUUAUGACCUUUUAAUUAAAUGUAAGCUCAAUGUAUCAUUAUGUAUGAUCUUAUAAAAGUUAUUUCUGGUUUCAACAAAAACCUGUCUAGUCUUGCACACCCUGUCCAUAAGGAUGACAUUGCAAGACAAAGUCCUAAUUUCAAACUUUUAUUGGGACAUACCUUGGGUUAGCAAAUCUACAGUGUGUUUGUUAGCUCAUCCUAAAAGGAUUAAAACAUACUUUGUACCAAGAUAUGAUUUGGUAAGACAGUUAAAACAUGUUACAGCCCUUGGAGGUUCAGGUAAAAUGGCAUUUCAUCCCCAGAAGAAAGACCCACCCAGGUUUUAAUCAUUUUGCAAUUAGGACUGGGCAUAUGGAAGUUUUGUUAGUGCAGAUGGUGUAUCACAGGUCAGUGCAUUUCUUCUGCCCUUUCAACAUGCAAAUGUGCAGGCAUGUACCAAUUGGAGGAUUUGGGAUCUCUGAACUUUCAUUAAUUUCAUAAGUAGUGAAUGGACCUUUCAUCUGUAGUACAGUAUACAACCUUAUUAUGCCACUGUCUAUGCUUGAAUGGGAUAAACAAAUGAACAUUAUAGCAAGAGGCAAGAUUAAUACUAUAAACAGCUACAUAUUCGCUUUGUUGAUGUACAGCAUAUAAUGGCUCCAAACCACCCCUAGUCAAAGAGUACCCUGGAUAGUUCAUCACUCACCUCUAAAAAUUACUCUGCCUGAUUUGAUUGCCGGAGUUUAUUGAAUUGUCACCAGCCCCCUGCAAAAGGUUAAAAAAAGUAUUUAAGGUUACGGAGCUUGUUCAGUCCACUUCCAUUUUGGUAGAGGAGACAACAUUUAACUUGCUCUGUUGGGUCACCUUUUCCCCUUUUUGCAUGAUUCUCUGUCCUCCUGCCAAAGUCCCUGAUCUUGCAAUGAGCUCUAUGCAGGCUCACCCCUGAAUCCAUGCAGAAUGUCACCAAAGUGAAUGGGAGUUAGCAAGGACGGAGAGGUCUGCCCACAUGGAGUUCAUUAAUUGGGGAUGUAACUAAGACUCUACAAGCUGCACUACGUUAGCAGAGAAUACCAUUUUCCAUACAUUCCAGGCACAAUAUCGGGUGUGCAGAUGACUGUAUGAGAUCUGAAUAUAGCCUUAAGACAUCGUUUAUAGCUACCCAUUUCCUUUAUUGUUCAAUAACUGCAUAGCUUGUUCUAAAUAAAAUCCUCCUGAAAAAUCCACUCUAAGUAUCAACGAGAAGAUAUUGCGCUAAACUCUAAUGGAAACAGUUAUCAAACGUACUGUAUAUCAUCUUAACUGUCUUAUAAUUUAAGUUUUUGAAGAAAUGUUAACUUUCCUCCCAAACUGACUGAAAAUAAAAUAUCUUUGUAAAUUA